GUGGCAAAGAGCAGGAUGUGGCAGGACCUCUUUCUGGACCUUCCAGGACGCCAGCAGUUCGCGGGGAAAACUGCGCGUAAUCCCCGCCCCCGAGCAGCUUUGGCGCGAGUCGGCAGUGCGUUUGGUAUUUCCUCCUGCGUCCCGCGAAAAGAGGUUGCGUUGCGCCUUUCGAGUGGCAAUUCCGUCGUCGGCAGCAUGGACCCCUUCGGCCUGCAGGGAAGGAAGAAGCCCACAGCAUUCCGCAGUACAAAACUGAUCCCCAUGGAAACCUCUUCAUCCUCUGAUGACAGUUGUGACAGUUGCGGCUCUGAUAAUUUUGCAAACACGAAACGAAGCUUCAAGCCAGAAGUUGCAGAGGAGAUAGCAAAAAUCUUUUAUGAGGAUUCGGAUGAUGAAUCAUUCUGUGGUUUUUCAGAAAGUGAGAUUCAGGAUGUGCUGAAACUGGAUACAGACUCGGAGGAAAAUAUGAGCGGCGAGUAUAAAUUUUCAUGUAAGAGGCCACGGAAGUGCUCUGUUCCUCUUAAAGUUGCUAUGAAGUUUCCACUUCGAAGAUCUAAGAGGGGAAAGAGUGAAAUAAUUUUAGCCCCAGAACCUCCCUCCGAACUGGAAUUGCAGUCUGAUUCCGAUGAAGAAAGAGGCCCCAAAUUCUUAGAGAAAAGGGCUUUAAAUAUAAAGGAGAAUAAGGCCAUGCUUGCAAAACUAAUGGCAGAAUUAAAAAACGUGCCUGGAAUUUUUACAAGGAAAGGUCCCCUGGCAACUCCAACCUUGAAACCGCAGCGAUCUCCAAGGAAAUCAUUUCCCAGGCGUUCUUUAAGGAGGAAUCCAGAAAGAAAUGCCAGGCCUCACACAAGAUCCAGGUCCCUGAUCGAAGGUCCUCCAAGCCCUGUUUCGGAGAAGGGGGAUGAGGAGGAGGAUCCGUACUACUUAGUGAGAAGGAAAAUGUCUGAUGAAUACUCUGAGGAUGAAUCAGACGGUCCCAGAAGAAAAAGUUCUAUGACUCUUCCCCAUGUUAUCCGCCCAGUGGAAGAAAUCAGUGAGGAAGAGUUGAAUGGUAUCUGUGAGACUGCAAGAGAUAAAGUGUAUAAUCGUGUGACGGGUUCCACUUGCCAUCAGUGUCGGCAGAAGACAAUAGACACUAAGACAAACUGUCGCAAUCCAGAAUGUUUGGGAGUACGCGGUCAGUUCUGUGGGCCUUGCCUACGCAACCGCUAUGGAGAAGAAGUCAGGACUGCUUUGUUGGAUCCGGACUGGCAUUGCCCACCUUGCCGUGGCAUCUGCAACUGCAGCUUCUGCAGGCAGCGGGAAGGACGAUGUGCUACAGGUGUGCUUGUUUACCUGGCCAAGUACCAUGGCUAUGACAACGUCCAUGCUUACUUGAAAAGCCUGAAACAAGAACUUGAAAUGCAAGAAUGAAGUUGGAUGUGGUUCUGUGGUGAUCGGCAAAGCAGACGUUAAGAUUAAUUGUUCGUUUUGAAGGUGUUGGUUGGUUGCUGUUUUUAAACCAAGCAUUCAUUUCCCCCCCAAGUCUUGUCAUUUGACUGAAGUUCCACAUUACAGGGAGUGAAUUUCUAAUUCCGUUAGGUAGCAGUUUUCCUUUCAUGCUGAAUGCAAUUAGUUAUGUGUAUUAUGCCACAGUGUGACUUAACACAAGGGUUGAAACUUAAAGAAAGAGAUGCCUACCGUGGAAUUUUCCUGAAUCUCACUAUGCCAGGCAGCAGGUGCGGUGAAUCUCCGCACAACUUAAGGGAUUUACAUGGUUAAGUGUUUCUACAUCUUGCAGUAUGGAACUGCUGCCGUCACAAUAUCAGUUCAGACAAAUCUGGAGUCUGACUGGAAAUACUGUUAGUAUUAACGGAUGUUGCAGGAGAAGAUAACAUUUCCUAGACUGAAAGUUUUGGUGGGGGUUGAGCCGCUUUGAAUCCAGAGCUAUAAAGGUACAGUUUAUCCUUAAUGCUCAAGAAAGCAGUUAGCUGUUUAUAUCCAUCAUAAAGCAUGGUAUGAAUAGAUUAAUAAACGUUAUACAGUGCUCCAAAUAGUAGAUUU